AUGUCUCACAUAUUUGGAAAAGUGACUAAUGCUGUGGUAUCUGGAACUAACGAAAACUCCUUUUCCCUGGCCAAUCUGAACCUGGGAUUUUCUCUGGUCAAGCUUGAGGCACCCGCAGAGUUCCAUCCUCUUGGUUCUGCGCUGUCACUUCAGCGAAGACAAACAGCUGAGGUGGGGUCUCACCAUCAGACCGCUCGUUUGCUCGGUGCAUUGUUCUCUCAAAUCGCCCCAAAUGCUCCAAAGCUCCUUCAAGCUUUCGGUCAAAGAGUCUCAGAGAUCAUCAAUUCUCCUGAUGCGAAUCCCACGGGUACUCCCGAAGACGGUCCGUUCAAAGAUUCUGUCGGCGCAGAUGCAACCUCUAUCUGGGCAGCUGCGACGUCUGGCUCUGCAUCACUUGCAGUGUUGCUGUUGGCAUGCUUGUUGGCUAGAAAGUUCGACGAUCCCAAACUGAGCGUCGCCCUUUGGGUAGAAAUAGUGGCAAUCCGCCAGAAGGAAGUGCUCGCGACCGCGCAAUCAACGGGAUUCGCCAUGAACGAGACAGUUGUUGCAGCUCACCAAAGGAUAUUACGCGAAGACUUGGCCACCUUCGAUGCAAGUGUCCGUGCUUGGCUCAUCACCGCUGAUCAGGUAAUGGUCAAAAAAUUGAAGCAACUUACCCUGAUCUUGGACAACCUUACUACUCUACCGGUCAGCGUUGGCAAAGACACAUACGCAAAGAUCAUCAAUGCCUGGGAUGGAGCAAUCAAAGGUUUCGAAGCUCUACUAGAAGGGAGACCGCAGAAUGCUACCGACAGCUCCGUCUUGCUGGCUUUAUCAUCCUGGCACCUGUACCCUGAUCUCAUCGUCCUGUCCUCAGAGACCAAAAAGGUGAUCUUCCAGGACCCAUUAUUUCCUCCCUCUGUCGCGAUGACCGUGGGGUUUAUCGCUCAAAGAUACCGGUCAAGCAUCUCCAGGGUUUCAAUGGUCUCUGGCUCUUUCUCACCUCAGAUACUAUGGUGA